AUGGAGCCCUUCAAUAUUAACGCGGAAAUGACCUCUUCACUCAAUAACUUGAAUGGUGAAGAACUUGAUAUUUUCGCGGCAUUGCAACAAGAGCAACAAGGACAAGGUCCCGUAAAUGAUGAACAAAUCGAAUUAUAUAUUUACGCCUGCUUCCUGGUCUUCAAGAAAAUGCACUCAACAAAACAUCUUGAACAAGCUAUUCAACAAACGGAAGGAUGGAUCGCCGAAUUAGCUAUUGAUCAUCCUGACCGCGCGCGAAGACUUCAGAUUCUCGACUUUCUGUCGGCCUGGAUGAGCCAGCUCAGUUUCAUCUCUGAACGCGAUAUUAAACUUCCGUUGUUGGGAAUUAGGUGA